AUGGUGAUGGAGCGUCCCUCCCCCUGCGAGGACCUGUUUGCUUUUGCAGAACGCCAUGGAGGCAGCAUUGAUGAAGCCUUAGCUCGUGUCAUCAUGCGGCAGGCAACACAGGCUGCCUACAUGUGCUGCCGUCGUGGCGUUCUACACAGCGAUAUUAAACUUGAAAAUCUGCUCAUUAAUAAGGAGACCCAUGAAGUCAAGCUAAUUGACUUUGGGUGUGGCGACCUCCUUAAGAAAUCGGCCUACAAGAUAUUCACUGGCACUGAUCAGUACUGCCCCCCGGAGUAUAAGGAGAAGGGCGAGUACAAUGGGAAGCCAGCAACAGUCUGGUCUCUUGGUGUUCUCUUGUUCGCAUUGGUGUGUGUAGAUUAUCCCAACACUGAUGACUUAAACAAGAUCAAUGCAAACAAUUUCUCCAAAGCUGGCUUGUCAGAAGAAUGCUGCCAGUUGAUUAGUUCUUGUCUCCAGCAAGAGCCAGAGUAGCGGCUUCGAUUAAGUGAGAUUAUUUUUCAUGACUGGUUUGAGGUCACAGUCGUGGAGAACCCGAAAACAAUGUAAAGAAAAGGACAGAAACCCUUGGAGUGGCUCUGCAGUCAUGGCCCUGGCCCCAGAGAUCCCUAUCAUGUCCCCAAAGGUUCUUGUCAAAUCAUCAAGCAAGGCGACUUCACCCUAGAGCUCCCUGUCCUAGCCCCCAACAUGUUCCUGUCAAUGUUGUGUCAGAGGUUGAGCCUCGUCAGAGCUAGUACCUGUCUCCAACUUCCACGUCCCAAGAUGUUCAAUCUGUUUGGCCCUAGUCAUAGCUGUUCCCAAGGCAGUCCUGGUACUAGGGAAUACAGUUUCCCCAAAGAUUCCUGGCCCAGAGCCAUUGCCAGAGAUCACACCAGUUCCAAAGUCUCCUGUCUUUGGCGACCCUGUACCACAGCUCCCUAUCUUGGGCUUCCUGGAACCCAGGGGUUUGUGUCAUUCUGUGUGUCAGAUUUGUAGUCUUUAGUGACAUCAUUAAAAUUUAUGUGAAAGUAAAUGUCUUAGCUCCCUUCUAUGGCUACCAUAGAGGGAAAUGUUAUGGCCCCAGUCAACAUCAGAACCUAAAGCCGGCUCCUUGUCUUGGUGUGCCUAUGUCUUUGUCCCUAAGGUUUCCUGGAGCCAAUCAAUAUUUCCUGUUACAGCUAUCUCAGAUGUUCAUGGAAUGGCAAGGGUUGCCACUGUCAUGGACAGCUUGGUCCCCAAGGUCCUGAACAUGCUACUCUGAUCUCAGAGCUGUCCUUUCACACCUGCCCUUGUUUAUGUAAUCACCCUAGUCAAAUCAGUGUCCAUUAUUGGCUUAGUUCUAGAGCUCAGUUUUAGACUGCCCAAUUUUCCGAGCUCCCCAUCCAGCAAUGUUCCUGUCACUAGGUUCCUUUUAUGGACCUUGCCAAAGCCAUGCCCAUGGUCUCCUCGGUCCCAGAGCUCCCUAUUUCUAGUUGCCUCAGGCCGCUCUAGUCCAAGUGUUUCCUUCCACUCAAAUGUUAGUGUCAGGACUGCCUCAGAUGUUCCUGUCUCUGCCUCUUGAGGUAUUUAACUAGAAUGGCAUGAGGCCAUCCCAGUUCCAGAUAUCCCUGUCUGAGGCCACCACAGUCACAGAGCUCCCUCCACACUGCCAUAGGUCACUGUCACUGCCUAUAGGUUCCUGUCAUGGACCCAUCCAGAGCCCAAAGCCUUCCCUGUCCUGUCCUGUCACUGCCAUCUUUAUAGCCAACACUCAAAGAUACCCUGUCUUCAGAUGCCCUGGUCCUGCCUCGAUCUUCAUUCAAAAUAAACAAUAAAGAACAUA